GGAUGUAUCACAAUGUCUACAUAUCCCAUUUAGUCUGCAUAUGCAGAAAGAGAACAACUCAAAUAAGUUACAUCAUGCGGAAAAUAAUUCAUGCUCAAGGGGAGUAUCUGUGCAGCGUACAAAGCAUAUACUGGAAGUACAAUGUACAUAUGCAUGUGUGGACCCGCCCAGCCCCUUCUCCCUAGCAAAUACGUCAUUACGUCCGAGCAACCAAAUUCACCCUGCGCACCAAAAGAAAGCAAACCACCUGGGCAAAUCCUUGAAAAAAGGCAAAGGGGGCGCAGCAUCAUUCCAAAUCCAAAAUUCUCCGAUCCAUCAAUUACACUUUCACUUCACCGCCUCCGAUCAUCGAUCACCAACAACACUGGACGGGAUCGAACCCCAUGUUCCGCCGACUUAGUACCGCGCGGCAUUUGAAACACCCGUGUUCGGUACUGACACUGACCCCCAGACCCGUUACUGGAACUGCAGCUGGUCUUGGUAUUUCAAGAUCUGCAGCCAUGGCUACUUUUACGCUCCCGGGCUCUCAUACACGUGUCAAUAGCACGGCGGAUCUGUCAAAGGAUGAAUUACUGGCAUUUCCAGCGUUUAAGGUCUGGACCUCGACGCUUCAGCGCUCGUUAGCGAGACAAUCGAGCCCCGAACAUGAGUUUCACGGGGAUCCAUAUGUCCUUCGCACGAUUGAUAUCCAGGCUGUUGAUCGGUUUGGGGGCAGUAGACUGGGAUUCGUCAAGUUGAAAGCUGAUGUGUCUAACGGCCGGGGUGAGAGUUUGCCUGGGAGCGUGUUUUUACGAGGUGGGAGUGUGGGAAUGUUGCUCAUCAUACAACCAGAUGAUAUCCCCGCUUCACAAGAAAAGGGGAAAUGGGCUGUCCUCACCAUCCAACCCCGUAUCCCGGCAGGCUCUUUGGCCUUUGCUGAAAUCCCAGCUGGAAUGCUAGAUGAUCACGGGACUUUUGCUGGUGGUGCUGCGCAAGAGAUCCAAGAAGAGACAGGGUUGCUUGUGCAAGAAAGUGACCUGAUUGAUAUGACCGCACUGGCAUUGCAGUCCAUGCCUCAACGAUCUGAUAAUGAUGAAGACCUUCAAAAAGCGGUUUAUCCUUCUGCCGGUGGCAGUGAUGAGUUUAUUCCACUAUUCUUGUGUCAGAAGCGUAUGCCCCAGAAGGAUAUUGAGGAGCUGCAAGGGAAAUUGACCGGAGAGCGUGAUCAUGGAGAGAAGAUUACGUUGAAGGUUGUUCCGCUGGAGAACUUAUGGAAGGAAGGAUUGAGAGAUGGGAAGACUUUGGCUGCUUGGGCUCUUUAUCAGGGUCUAUUGCAGGAAGGGAAGAUUUGA